AUGCUGAAUCCAACGUUUCAGGUGAAUUUGGGUCAUCCCAUCACGAGAGGUACAGUGACGGUCGGAAAAUUUGAUGGAAACAGGCCUUGUUUGGCUUCGGGAACAAGUUCUGGAAAAGUUUUGGUUCAUAAUCCUCAUGAACAGAGUCUCGGAUCUCAAUUAACCUUUUUAAAUGUAAAUAAGGACGUGAAAUGUUUGGCAUCGGGCGCUUUCAAACCUAAUACAAAACGAGAAACGCUAAUGAUUGGAACUCAAACAAAUCUCAUGGCAUACAAUGUUGAUACAAAUUCGGAUAUUUAUUACAGAGAUGUUUCAGACGGUGUCAACCGAAUGACAUUCGGAAAGCUUGGAGCGAGUGCGAAUCCUCUUGUUUUUGUAGGAGGAAACUGUUCAAUACAAGGUUAUGAUGGAGAGGGAGAAGAACAAUAUUGGACUACAGCGGGAGGCGAUGUCACCUCUCUCUGUUUAGCAGAUAUUAACGGCGAUAAUGAAAAUGAAUUAUUAGUGGGCUCGGAUGAUUAUGUAAUUUAUAUGUAUCAAGACGAGUCAAUGAUUGCAGAGUGUAAAGAAACAGCUGCUGUGACAGAGUUGUGCAACCUUAAAGGAGGAAAAUUUGCUUUUGGAGCUUCAAAUAAUUCGUAUGGUAUCUAUCAAGGAAAUUCCAGAAUAUGGCGAAACAAAUCAAAGAGCCAAAUCAAUUCUAUUGUUGGAUUUGAUAUUGUGAAUGACGGUGUGAUCGACUUGGUGGUUGGUUACGAAAGCGGAAAGCUUGAGGUGAGAAAACAAGAGGAUGGUCGACUCAUUUAUAAGGAUAGCCUGAAAGAGGCCAUUGCCGGCAUGGUAGUAGCAGAUUACAGAAUGGAUGGCCAUGACGAAUUAAUUUGUUGCUCAAUUGGAGGAGACUUGAAGGGUUUUGUACCAGCUCAAGAGAAUUUAUCAAAACAAAUUGAAGACACUACAAGUGACGAACUAAUUGAAAAAUUACUGCAAAAGAGAGAAGAACUUAGCAAUGAGCUUCGAAAUUAUGAAGAGAAUUUGAAGAAGCUUAAAGGUGGCGAAGUGGAUUCAUCCUUAAUCAGAUCUGACUCUAAAGUGAAAUGUCAUCUUCAGCCCAACAUGCAAGAAAAUUGCUUAGAUAUCGUUUUUAAAACUGAUGUUGAAAACAUUAUUCGAGCUUGUAUCAUCACAGCAGAACAACUCUUCAAGACAGACAGCAGCAUGGUGUACUCAAAGAAUCCUACAAAUGAGAUCAAGGUGAGCUUACGACCAGAGAAAAAUGUUGCCAUCGAAAUGAAUAUUCAAGUAUUGGUUGGGUUUAACAUGGGUUCAAAAUACCAUAUUUUCAAAUUAACAUACACUUUACCUCGUUUUUCCAUGUACAUACCUGCUGGAGAGCAAUUUAAAACGCCUCAAUCCGUACUCUCUUUCAGAUUGGAUGAACGUGUUAAGAGAAUUAUCAUGUGGCUCAACGACUCAUUUAAUAUCCUCUUCAAAUUGGAGGGUGAUGCAGAAGUCAUUGAUGCCAAGUUCACAAGUCUUCGAGAUGGUUCUCUGUUGAGGUUAGUGUAUAAGGACGGAAUCAUGACAUUCUAUGUUGAUGAUAUGGAGGUAGCCGGUGAUUUAUUCCAAGAUAUAUGUGCCUACCUUUCGAUCAAAGAGCUCGACUCGAAAUGUGAUUUCCCUGUUGAGUUUGCCAAGUUUGAAAAGAUUACUCAGAACGUGGAGGAAUACAAUUCCAAUCGAUUAAAGAUGACAGCAGAAAUGGCAGAUAAUUCUCAAUUAAUUAAGGCAUAUGUGAUCAAGGCCGAAGAUGCACGAGUUAUUGCAGACAUGAAAUCGGUUCGAAACAUGUACAAUGAACUGUACAGCAUGAACAAAGGGCUCAUUGGUGAAUACAAAAAGAGGAGCACGAACCAUGAGCAACUGCUCUCAUCUCUGAAAGAGGUCAAUCAAAUGAUCCAAAAAGCAGCUCGACUUAGAAUUGGAGAACCCAAGAAUAGAGUAGUUGCUGAAUGCAGAAAAGCAAUCAAAAACAACAAUAUUAGCUCACUAUUUAAAAUUAUUAAGGAAGGUCAAUAA